AUGGAGGAAGCUAGUUUGUGCCUUGGUGUUUCAUCAGCCGUGCCUGAAGUUGAUACCCAUUUAAACAGCACAUUGCUGAAUGGCCAGUAUUCAAUGAGCCAGAAGUUGCAUCAGAUAACUUCCCAGCUCAGUCACGCCUUCCCAGAGCUGCAAAGCCGUCAGAAAAACGACGAAAAGACUGGAAACCAGUCAGAGGAGAAAAGUCAUGUGCCCAUGGCUAAUCAACCAAUCAGCAAUCAAAUGGCCCUAUUGGCCAAUCAGCUGAAUAGGGAUGUAGAUAGUACUCUUAAUGGAAGAGUGGAUCUUCAACAGUUUUUGAAUGGUCAGAAUCUUGGCAUUAUGUCACAGAUGAAUGACAUUGAAGAUGAUGCAAGAAAGAACAGAAAGUACCCAUGUCCAUUGUGCGGGAAACGGUUCCGUUUUAAUAGCAUAUUGUCACUUCACAUGCGCACUCACACUGGGGAAAAACCUUUUAAAUGUCCAUAUUGUGACCACAGAGCAGCUCAGAAAGGAAACUUGAAAAUACAUCUGCGUACUCACAAACUUGGAAACCUUGGCAAAGGCCGUGGGAGAGUCAGAGAAGAAAAUAGGCUGUUGCACGAGUUAGAAGAAAGAGCAAUUUUAAGAGACAAACAGAUGAAAGGCACCCUUCUACAACCAAGAAUUGACGUGAAACCACAACAGCACUUACAGCAAUCUCCUUUGUCUAAUUGUCAUAUAUCUGCUCCAGCUAAUCAUAGCACAACAGAUCUCUCCAACAAAGCACCAUCUCCCAAGCCAGCAGCUGUUCAAGAGGAAGCAGUAGCUCCUACCAUUGGGUUCAGGUGCACAUUUUGCAAAGGAAAAUUUAAGAAAAGAGAAGAAUUAGAUAGGCACAUAAGAAUACUGCAUAAACCCUACAAGUGCACUCUUUGUGACUUUGCUGCCUCUCAGGAGGAAGAGUUGAUCAGCCAUGUUGAGAAAGCUCAUAUAACAGCCGAAUCAGUACAGGGCCAAGGCUCCAGUGGAAAUGGAGAACAGUCUGCUAAUGAAUUUCGCUGUGAGGUGUGUGGACAGGUUUUCAGCCAAGCAUGGUUUCUCAAGGGUCACAUGAGAAAACAUAAGGAUUCCUUUGAACAUUGUUGUCAGAUUUGCGGAAGACGCUUCAAAGAGCCUUGGUUCUUAAAAAAUCAUAUGAAGGUUCAUCUGAACAAAUUAUCAGUGAAGAACAAAUCUAAUGAUGCAGAGGUGCCCGUGUCCAUGAACAGCAUGUCUCAAGAGGCACAUGCAAAUCUCUACUCAAGGUACAUAUCCUGCUUGCAAAGUGGUUUUAUGCCUUCAGAUAAAGCAAGCUUAAGUGAACAUAGUCACAUUUAUAACAAAGCAGAUCUGCCAUUGAAAGAAAAAGAAGUAAUUGGAAAACUGCUUUCCCCAAUUUCUGGGAUGGGCCACAGCAUGUCUGAAGGUGAUAAGCAUUCUUUACUUGGCUCUCUCAAUCUGGUGCCACCUCUAAAAUCUAGCUGCAUAGAAAGGCUACAAGCUGCAGCCAAAGCUGCUGAGAUGGAUCCAAUUAAUAGUUAUCAGGCUUGGCAGCUAAUGGCUAGAGGAAUGGCAAUGGAACAUGGCUUCUUGUCUAAAGAGCAGCAGAUACAGCGUAACCAUGAAGAUUCUAUAGUCAAUGCUGGAGUUCUUUUUGAUAAAGAAAAAAGAGAGUAUGUAAUAGUAGGGGCUGAUGGCUCUAAACAAAAAAUGCAAGCUGACUUGGUUCACAGCUCUAAAAUUUGUAAUCAGAGAGAUAUGCCAUCCAAACUUGAGCUUUUAGAAAGCACCAGAGAUUUUUUGUCACAUGGCAUAAGCCAAGGGCUUGACUAUAAUUUUCAUCAUCAUGGGAACAUGAAAGAUAAGCCUACAGAGUGUCCAGAUUGUGGGAGAGUCUUCAGAACAUAUCAUCAAGUUGUAGUCCAUUCUCGUGUGCAUAAGAGAGACAGGAAGGCAGAGGAGGAUGCAAUACAGAUGAGUCUUGAUGAACGUCGUGGAUCUGGAAGUGAUCAAGAGUCACAAUCUAUCAGUCGAUCAACUACUCCAGGCUCCUCUAAUAUCACUGAAGAAAGCGGGCCUGGUGGUGCUCUGUCGCAGACAGGAAGUGCACAGGAAGACAGUCCACAUCCGUCAUCCCCCUCUUCUUCAGAUAUGGGAGACGAACCAGGAAGAUCUGUAGGAGUUCAGCAGCCAGCUAUGAUGAGAGACAGAAUCCUUGGUUCAGCCAUGAAGGAUUGUCCUUACUGUGGAAAAACUUUUAGAACUUCACAUCACUUAAAGGUGCAUUUAAGGAUACAUACAGGUGAGAAGCCUUAUAAGUGCCCUCAUUGUGAUUACGCUGGCACCCAAUCUGCCUCUUUGAAAUACCACUUGGAACGUCACCACAGAGAGAGACAAAAUGGAUCUGCCACACUUACUGGACACCCUCAAAGUCAGGAACACAAGGAUGAAACUUCAAGUAAAAACUCUCUUUUUAUGAGACCUGACAUACUCAGAGGAGGAUUUAAAGGCCUUCCUGGAAUGGAUUUCAGAAGUGGGGUAGUCUCUCAGCAGUGGGCAUCUGGAAUGUUGUCUGCAGCAGAUCGACAGGGUCAAUCCAGUUCUGAGGUAUCUUCAGAGGCCCUCAAAAAAGCAGACCUGCCUUCCAAAGGACCAAGUUUUUCUGAAUUUGGUAGAGCAUAUCAAAAUAUUGUUGGAAAUGGUGUCAACUUCCAAGGGUCUCUCCAAGCCUUUAUGGACAGUUUUGUUCUUAAUUCCUUAAAGAAAGAAAAAGAAAUGAAAGAGAAAGCUUUGCUGGACUCACUCCCUGUAAAAGCACAUAGAUCAGAUAAUGGUGAAGAAAAAACAGAGAACAAAAACCCUCAAAAGAAAUUGGAGAAAUCCCAGUAUGAACCUCUGGACCUAUCUGUACGACCAGAUGCACCACCUCUUCCUGGUUCUUCAGUCACAGUACAAGAUAACAUAGCCUGGCACGGUUGUUUGUUCUGCUCUUUCACAACUUCCUCUAUGGAACUCAUGGCUCUUCAUCUCCAAGCUAAUCAUGUAGGAAAAGGAAAACGAAAAGAAAAUACUAUGGGAGUACCAGGGCAUACAAAAGAGAUGCUAAGGGAUCCAAUGGCAAUAGCCAAUAAAGUAAUGGUAGCAUCAUCUUCUGGUCAAUCUGGAAAAGAAAUUACUAAAAUAUGUUCAAUGCAUGCUUCUGAUAAAAUCCCAUCACAGGGAAAUUCUAAAGAGACUUUAACAGAACAAAAAAGUGCUUCAUGGACCAAUCAUAUGGAUCCAGCUUUUAAUAACUUUACAGCAGAAUUCUACAAGCAGUUUGGUUAUCCUGGUGCAAAUGCACAAAACGAUUGUUCAAACAUGGACAUUGAUGUAAACUCUCAACUGGAAAGUGAUCCACAUAAUCUUCAAUGUAACUCUGUAAAUAACAUUCCUACUGAUGAUCUGUCUGAUGAUUCCUCAUCUGAGGAUAUGGAGACUUGCAAAGAAGAUGAGAAUGAAGAAGAGGAGGACAUUGAAACUGAUUCAGAAAAUAUGAACAUACCAGAUGAACUUAAAAAAGAAGAAGACAAUGAUGAAGAUGAAAAUUUGCUCAAUGCAAUUACUCUUAAAACCUCAGAAGAGGUUUCUCCCACUUCACAAAUUGAAAAGCAGUGGCACUCAAACCUUCCUUUGUCUCAUGAAGCACCUCAAGGUUCUAUGAAUCUUGAACAAACCCCUAGUCAAGAGGCAAUUGAUAAACAGGUUAAUGUGCUCUCUGUGCUAAGGGCUUAUAGCUCAGAUGGGAUGGCAGCUUUUAACGGACUUGCAAACGGCACAGCAAACAGUGGAUGUAUCAAGAGACCAGACAUAUGUGAUGGUUGUCAAUGACUGAUUUUCAAGAGAAAAUCCAGACAGGUCAAAGGCCUUUCCAAUGCCGAUACUGUCCAUAUAGUGCCUCUCAGAAGGGAAAUUUGAAAACCCACGUACUUUGUGUUCAUCGAAUGCCUUUUGACAACAGCCAGUAUCCAGACCGUCGAUUCAAACGCUCACGAGUUGACUCAGAGACUUCUGGGAAUUCAGAAGAACUUUCCUCUAUCAAAUCUGGGAGCUCAACCCAACCUUCAACAGAGAGCAACCAGACACAAGAUUAAAAAAAGGAACAAAGCAUUCUGUAUAUUGCAAUAUUAUAUAACAAGCUCAAUUUGAGCAGAAGGAAUGUUCUAACUGCAUUGGGAGUGGGGGAAAAGGAGAGAAAUGUUUGUGCAAAUUCUAUGAAAGUGUACAGGAGACAUUGAAUGUCAAACAUACAAAAACUAAAAAAACAACCUUUAAAAUGGCUGCUGAACUAUUUAUGGCAACAAGUACUUCCAAACAUUAAAAGCGGGCUAAUUCGUCUAUUAAAAAUGUUAGAAGGUGAAAGCAUUGAAGUUAUCUUUAUUCACUGCAAAUUAUUUUUAUCAGAGAUAAAAGGAAUGCUAUCAAAAUGAUUAAACAUUGCCUUGAAGAAAGAUGGGCUGUGUUUUCAUUGUUGGAAACACCUUUAUAACAUGAUACCAGCUGCUGUCAGUAUCUUAGCAUAGUAAUGAGAUGAGUUUGGUAAGCUGCCAUGGUGCCAGUCUGACUGGGGCUGUCAUUGCAAGAAAAAAUCAAUUGAAAGUGUGUUGUUACAGCACUAUGUGAGAAACCUUAGACGGGCCACAAGCUGGGGUCACUACUGACCUACAGUGUAUGAAAAAGAUUGUGUUAUUACAUUUUCAUACACAGCCUGAUGAAUCAAUUGCAAGAAGGGCCACAUGCAGAUUGAAUCAUUUUUAUUUCACAAUCUUAAAAACAAAUGUGUAGUUUUUAAUCCUUCUGUUAUUUUAAUAAACAAGAUGGAUGACAGGGGCACUGUAGUAUUGUAAGAUGACACUCCUCAGCCUCGUCUGUAGAGGGCACUAAUGAGAACAAACAUUGUAUGUACAGAAAGGUUUUUGUUUUUUGUUUGUUUUCUUUUACUUGAAUGAAGAAUUCCCCAGAUCUGGCUAGUUUAUGUUUUGUUAAUUUUGUAAGUGUUACAGACAUAGUGCAGGGAAAUUCUUAUAUAUGCAGCUCUUUAAAAGAGACUGGAAUUAAACUAUUACAUUAAAAAUGCAGCCUGCUCACUGUCUCUAAUAAAUAAAAUAGUGUUUUAACAGUUUUUUUUUUGUAAGAAAAAUGUGUUCUAUAUUUUUGCAGAUAUUAGCAUUUUCUACUGAUUGGAUGACCCAAGUUAUUAGGUUUCUCAGUGCAUAGGAAGCUCAAAAAUGAAACAUAACCACACAGCUGUAGAAUGAACUAAUAAUACCUUAUAGACUAACUUGUAGCAAGUUUAUUCUUAAGAAUAAACAAAAAUGCUGAUUUUACCUGCCUUUCAAUGUAUAUCUUUCGAUAAGGGUAAAAUUUAGUAUUUUUGAUUGAGAACUAAGAAAUUCAUUUGGAAGCAGCAACUGACUCAAAAAAAAAAAAAAAACACAAAAAAAAAAACUUUUUCCAUUAGGCUGGGAGUAUGGUGUUAAACCCGGCAGCCUUAAAAAUUCAUCCCUGCCUAAAGCAGUUCGCAAAACGAAUAAACUGCAACCAAUGUAAAUAUUUGUAAGCUCUAGCCAGAGACUGAAAACAAAUCUCUGGUAAUGAAAGAAGACGGAGUAAAUGUGCAGUCUGUAAGGAUGAACAUCCGCAUGGAAUUAUUCCGGAGGUCACAAUGUAAAGGACCCGCUUGGGUACUGAGCAAGCUGCUUACUUGUUUUAGAUUUUUUUCUAGUAUAGUUCUCACUGCCUUACUUAAAUCAAGUCGAUAAACUAAAUGCAACUGUUUCUAUGAUCCUCAAGAAAAAAAAAAAAAAAAAAAAAAGGAUUGAAAUGUUAUCAAAGACUUUUUGACUGUAGUAAGCUUUAGAAUUUUAACUGCACUAAUGUGUUUGGUGACUGUAAGUCGCUUGCUUUGUGUAUUUGCGACGCCUUCUAUAUCUUAGCAAAAAAGAAAAAAAAAUGCAAAAAAAACCCCACCACAUUCCAUCUCUUGCACUUUUGAGCUCUCAGUAUUUUUUUUUGUAUUUUUUUUUUGUGUGUAUUCUGAACAUUUUCAGAUACGACAGGCAAUAAUUCCGUUUGUGACACUGGAAACAUCCCCCUAAUACCUGUGAUGUGUGUAUGUAUUGAUUCCAUUUGGUCUGGUGCUACUGUCCCGUUUCUCUCCCCUCUAGCAUUACUCUUUUAUCCAGAACAUUUGUAACAUGUAACGCAAACAAAUGACAGAAACAGUGAUGCAUUGUCAGUUUCUGAAUAUCAUCAUUCGCUUACAUCCAAACAUGUCAAGUUUUUUCUCUGUAAGUUCUGUAGUCUGUGAAACUGGUCAUAAUACUGUCUGUCUACAUUCCGACACAAAAGAAGAAAAAAAAUAUAACCCUUCUUGGAGAAUAACUGAGAUCUAUAGAGUAGAGGAUUUUGUUGCUAUGCUUGUAACAAUAGAGAACUUUGUAUUUAAAGUUUAUUCUUGGUCAUUAUUUAUUAUAAAACAUCAGUUGACAGAACUGUAUUCUGGUAUAGAAGUAUUAAAAGUUUUUUUUUGUUUUUUUGUUUUAAAAGCAAUGACUGUUUUUUUUCUGCUGUUAGAAUAAAAAUGUCUUUGAAGCAGUACAGUUUUAUCCAGUGUUUUACGCAAUAAAACCUCUACCUCUGACAUGUUUUCCCUACUUCCUAAUGUUUAUUAGGGGAGGUGUUAAUUCUAUUUUAUUUUUAAUUUUUUUUUUUUUUUGCAGCCUUCAAUCUAUAAAACUAAUUUAAGAAAUUCACACUUCUUUGGUGAUUUCUGUAUUGUAUAAGACAUAUGUGAUACUCCGUAUAUACUACUCAAAUUUACAUAUACAUACUGUCUAUAUAUUUAUAUAUCUAUCCAUACAUACAGAUAGAUACAUUAUUGUGCUUAAUUAAUGUGGAAAACUAUUUUAGCAUGUGUAAUUGUUUUACAUGGCGUUAAUUAUGUACUAAAGCAAAAAUGAUUAGGCUAUUCAGAGAAUUCUCAAAAUUGAUUUGGAAAUUGUAUUAAAUGCUAUAUUGUAAACACUUGUGUUUUCAUCUAAAACUAGGUUUUACGUUUAUUUCUAGAAUAUUGUUGAGGUUUAAUGUACAAUGGUGCCUGUAUAAGAGAAAGAACUACAUCUGAAAAGAGUAAAAAGCGACACUUGUUUUAUUUGCAUUUUUUAUGUAUGUCAUUUCAUUGCUCUAUUCAUCGGGAGACAAUGAAUUAAAAAAAAUCUGAAGUUUAA